CCAUUCAAGGGUUCACUGUCCUGGACGCCUAGAGCAGUGCUCUACUACUUUCUCCACCUAUUUUUAAGACUGUUUACUACUAGUUUGGUCUUGCAAAGCUUUUCUUCUCUUGUGUGUUAGAGACACAGCCCCAUCCUCCAGCAAAAAUGGAAGCCAUCAAGAAAAAGAUGCAGAUGCUGAAGCUAGAUAAGGAGAAUGCAAUUGAUAGAGCUGAACAGGCUGAAGCAGACAAGAAAGCAGCUGAGGACAAGUGCAAACAGGUAGAGGAUGAGCUGGUGGCACUGCAGAAGAAGUUAAAAGGAACUGAAGAUGAACUGGAUAAAUACUCAGAAGCUCUCAAAGAUGCUCAGGAAAAACUGGAACAGACUGAAAAGAAGGCAACAGAUGCAGAAGGUGAAGUGGCAGCUUUGAAUCGGCGUAUCCAGCUGGUGGAAGAGGAGCUGGAUCGUGCCCAAGAACGUCUGGCGACAGCCCUGCAGAAACUGGAGGAGGCAGAGAAGGCAGCAGAUGAAAGCGAGAGAGGUAUGAAGGUUAUUGAAAACAGAGCAAUGAAGGAUGAAGAAAAAAUGGAAAUUCAGGAGAUGCAGCUGAAAGAGGCUAAGCAUAUUGCUGAGGAGGCUGACCGUAAAUAUGAAGAGGUUGCUCGUAAACUGGUCAUUUUGGAGGGUGAACUAGAGAGAGCCGAGGAACGUGCUGAGGUGUCAGAACUAAAAUGCAGUGACCUUGAAGAAGAACUAAAAAAUGUCACUAACAACCUAAAGUCCCUGGAGGCUCAGUCUGAGAAGUACUCUGAAAAAGAGGAUAAAUAUGAAGAAGAAAUCAAGCUUCUCUCUGACAAACUCAAGGAGGCUGAAACACGUGCUGAGUUUGCAGAAAGAACUGUUGCUAAACUGGAAAAGACUAUUGAUGAUCUGGAAGAUGAGCUGUAUGCUCAGAAGCUGAAGUACAAAGCUAUCAGUGAGGAGCUUGACCAUGCUCUCAAUGAUAUGACCUCUUUGUAAAUGCAUUUUCUCUUUUGGCUUUGCCUUGGUGCACUAAGAUUCUGUCUUUAAUACCAGUCUUUGAGUAAUGCCUAGUACUAGUCCUUCAGUCUUUUUCUGUAAAAACUGAAUUAAACAAAAGCAAGCUACCUUGAACUUGUACAUUCUGUGCUUUUUUUCUUUUCCAUGAUUAAUGACAUAACUAAUGUCCUUCCUUUAAUUUGUUCUGGUCAGAUUUUAGCACAGCCCUGUAAUUCUCACUAGGAUACUGUUAAGAGAAUUAGUUUCAUUGUACUCGGAUUGCUUCUUUAAAAACCAAAAACCUAUCCAGUUGUUAGUUAAAAUGUAAGUGAUGGGUCACAUAACAAAAUUGGAAGAAAGUUCAAAUAAAGUGGCAGGUAGGACAAAAUAAAAAAUGAAUAUAAAUCCCACUUACAGCACUCCUAUUACUUCAAUGGUUAUUUUUUUCCUGGACAGCAGUGACUAUAAUGAGCGUGCAAACAGGAACAGUGCAAAGACCCAACUUGAGGCAGCAAAAGCAGAUCCACAGAUACACUUGCUAUGCUGUUGAUGCCCCUUUGUGCGCUGCAUCAAAAUAAAGCUACCCACAAAUGGGAUGUAAACUGAUGAAUGCUGUCAUAACUAGUAUCUCAAAUCAACUACUCCUUGAACAGAAGGAUUUUAGCUAGUUUGUUCCUGUCCAAGCAGAUUUGAAUUUGAGUACAAUUUUGAGAGACACUGAAUCAAAGGCUUAAUUACAAUCUGAAUAUGACGCCCAUUGUCUGAUAUUCAUUUAAUAGUGUCCAGUCAUUUAUAGAUAUUUCUAUUGAUAUUUGCAUGUUGAUUAAGGACAAUGUUAUGUGGAUUGUAAACUGUCUGGAGGAUCCCUAAAUAGUUAUUAUAAAUGACAAAGUGUCCUGUGAAAAGCUACAGAAAUCUGUUGGGUCUGAUCUUAUUCAAGAGGAAGUAACAUCACUGCAUUCGCAGGAGUUGCACACACCAGUGAAAAGGGAGAAGUAAUCCAAAGGAACUUAAAGAAAUGACUGUUAACAGCAAGCUAAUGCCUCUGAUCAGAAAAUAUCCAAAUACUUUUCAGUUUUCAGCUGUAUGCAUAUGACACCAUGGGAGAUAGGUAAUAAUCCUUCUGUAUACAACACUUUAGUAACCACACCUGGAAUAUUUUGUUUCAUUCUGCACACUUCAUUAAACUGACAAAUGGGAAGGACCUCAGCAAGGAAGCUCAGAAAAGAGAACUAGAAUGGCCGGGAGGCUGAAAAGUGACCUAUAAGGAAGUUGAACCAUGCAUAUUUAGAGCUCUUAAUCUAAAUGAUGACAAUGGCCAUAGUAGAAGAUGGAGAUAAAUCUACAGAGACUGGGUGAGUGCGAAAACAGGGGAUGAAGAACUAUUUAGCAUACCAAAAAGGGAUGAAAUUGAGAAAGGUUUUAUCUUGAGUAAGGAAAUGUGAAAUUUAGUAACUCUAAAUUUUCAGUAUAUUAGAACACCCUUGUUAAGACUUUAAAUGUGUGUAUCUUGGAUUUCUGUUUCAAGAAAAGAAACAAACAUUCAUCACAUAUGUAUGACCUUGAAUCUGACUCUGCAAGUUUGGCCAAAUGCAUACUUCCUAUUUUAGAUUUGAAGCUAAAAAAAAAAACAAACAAAAACAAACAGUGCUUUUCUGUAAGACAACUGGCAUAUUUGAACUAUUAAGGUAUUUUGUGCUGUAGUUAAAAAAAAAAAAAAAAAAGAUAAAUUCUACUCUGUUUUCCUGCAUGAAGUCUUUAUGCCUGAUGUCAACAAAUAGGGGAGGAAAGAAUUAUUCAAAUAAUACAUUGGGAAAUUAUCAUCAUGAAUACAAAAAAAAUUAAUGCAAUAUUGUGGUUGAGAUUUGAAAGGCACAAUAGUCAGGAAAGGCUUAGCAUUCCUGGUGCAAAUGUAACUCACCCCCUCACACUUUGUAUUUGCUUAAAUUUCACACACUGAAAUGAGCAACCUGGCCCUAACUUGAGGUGCAGACCAUCCCGUCCCAGCUUCUGGCAGUCAGUCAACCUGAUUGGCAGAAGCUGGGACUGGAUGACCAGAGAUGGAUCAUUCAAUAACUGCCCUGGUCUGUUCGCUCCCUCUGAAGCAUCUGGCAGUGACCAUCAUCAGAGAAAGGACACAGGGCUCAGUGAACUUUUGGUCUGACCCAGUAUGGCCAUUCAUAUUUCUAACCCAACUUCAAACUAAAAGCAACAGGAGCUGAAAAUAUAUAUACUUGGACUGACAUUGAGAUGGAAAUAGGAGAGAUUUAUUGAAAGUUUCUAGGUAAUGAUAAAAGGGGUAAAAAACAAGGGUGAUGUCAUGGUAGGGGUCUACUACAGAUCACCUAACCAGGAACAAGAGAUGGUUGAGGCUUUUUU